GGUCAAAGUCAGAGCGGUGGACAUGGCCCUGGUGGUGGCAAGAAGGAUGACAAGGAUAAGAAGAAGAAAUACGAACCUCCAGUUCCAACCAGAGUGGGGAAAAAGAAGAAGAAAACCAAGGGACCAGAUGCUGCCAGCAAACUCCCCCUGGUGACUCCUCACACACAGUGCAGACUCAAGUUGUUGAAGUUGGAGAGAAUUAAGGAUUACCUCUUAAUGGAGGAAGAAUUCAUCAGAAAUCAAGAACAGAUGAAACCUUUGGAAGAAAAACAAGAGGAAGAAAGAUCAAAGGUGGAUGAUCUGAGGGGAACACCGAUGUCGGUGGGUACCUUGGAGGAGAUCAUUGAUGACAACCAUGCCAUAGUGUCCACGUCAGUAGGAUCAGAACACUACGUCAGUAUCCUGUCUUUUGUGGACAAGGAUCUGCUAGAGCCAGGCUGCUCUGUUCUGCUAAAUCAUAAGGUUCAUGCUGUGAUAGGAGUCCUGAUGGAUGACACAGACCCUUUAGUGACUGUGAUGAAAGUGGAGAAAGCUCCUCAGGAAACAUAUGCUGACAUUGGUGGCCUUGACAACCAGAUUCAAGAAAUCAAGGAGUCUGUGGAGCUUCCUCUCACCCACCCUGAAUAUUAUGAAGAGAUGGGUAUAAAGCCACCCAAAGGAGUCAUUCUGUAUGGCCCACCUGGCACAGGUAAAACUUUACUCGCCAAAGCAGUAGCAAACCAAACUUCAGCAACCUUCCUGAGAGUGGUGGGUUCAGAGCUCAUCCAGAAGUACUUGGGUGAUGGCCCAAAGCUUGUGCGCGAGCUGUUCCGCGUGGCCGAGGAGCACGCGCCCUCCAUUGUCUUCAUCGAUGAAAUCGAUGCCAUUGGCACAAAGAGGUAUGACUCCAACUCGGGUGGUGAGAGAGAGAUCCAGAGCACGACUCUGAACCAGCUGGAUGGGUUUGACUCUCGGGGGGAUGUUAAGGUUAUCAUGGCUACAAACAGAAUAGAAACGCUGGACCCAGCACUAAUUAGGCCAGGACGUAUUGACAGGAAAAUAGAAUUCCCUCUGCCGGAUGAAAAGACCAAGAAACGAAUCUUUCAGAUUCACACGAGCAGGAUGACAUUGGCAGAUGAUGUGACUUUGGAUGAGCUGAUUAUGGCAAAAGAUGAUCUGAGUGGUGCAGAUAUUAAGGCAAUUUGCACAGAAGCUGGACUGAUGGCUUUGAGGGAACGGCGGAUGAAAGUAACAAAUGAAGAUUUCAAGAAGUCUAAAGAGAAUGUUCUCUAUAAGAAGCAGGAGGGAACCCCUGAGGGACUGUAUCUCUAAGUCAUCUGUCUCUUUGGGGACUCUCCAGAACUCUCUGUGUAAAACCACGUGGUCUUGGGUAGUUUUCAUCCAUGAAUGGGGUAAAAUCUGGUGGGUUGUGGUUUUUCAGUCAGUGUAACUCUUCAUUUCCCAAUAAAACAUGUAUUUGAAUCCAAGUGU